AAUAUUAAACGAAAAAUUCUCAUUUCAGGGUAAAUAAUAUACAAAAAUGGCAAAGUUAUAUAAAGCCAUGUUUAAUUCAAUGCGCUUAUAUUCUAGUAAUAUUGGAAAAGUUAAAUCUCAAAAAUAUGUCCUAACCAAAUACUUUCAAGGAGAACCUAAAAAAUCUGACUUCAAAAUAAUAGAAGAAGAACUUCCGGAGCUGCAAGAUGGUGAAAUACUGACUGAGGCUGAAUAUUUAAGCGUUGAUCCUUACAUGCGUGCUUAUAUGAUUGGUUAUAAAUUACCAACGGAUAUGAUAGGCGGACAAGUUGCUAAGUAAUUUUUGCAAUAACUAGUACCAUUAUUAUUAUGAUAUUAAUUGAC